AUAACCAUAACAUGUGCGUUCCAGCUGUUUUCCUCGAAGCGAGAAUUUGGUUCGGUUCUCGCUUGAUCAAAGUUAUAAAAGUGAAUCCUCACUGAGAGAUGAACAUUUUUAUACAUUGGAAUCGUAAAUUCGAACCUUAAACAUGCCUAUUAGUGAAAUAAUCUCUGGGUUGUCGGAUAACCCAUAUUUUGGCGCCGGCUUUGGACUUUUUGGUCUUGGUGCUGGCGCUGCACUUUUGCGAAGAGCAGCACAGGGUGCCUCCCUUCUUUUUAGGAGACACUACAUGAUUACCUUAGAGGUACCGUGCAAAGAUAAAAGUUACCAGUGGUUAUUGCAAUGGAUCACGCACAAAGGAGCAAGAAAAACUCAGCAUCUAAGCGUGGAAACAAGUUUCGAGCAGAAAGAAAGUGGUCACGUGAAAACCAAAUAUGAUUUUAUUCCUAGCAUUGGCCAGCAUCUCUUCAGAUAUAAAGGUACCUGGAUUGGAGUGGAGAGAACAAGAGAGCAGCAAACUUUGGAUUUGAGCAUGGGAGUUCCUUGGGAGACGGUCACCUUGACUAUGAUAGGAAGAAACAGGAAUAUCUUCUUCGGAAUUCUUGAAGAGGCUCGUCAAAUGGCUUUGCAGGAGCACGAAGGCAAAAUAAUUAUGUACACAGCGAUGGGAGCUGACUGGAGACAGUUUGGACACCCUAGGAGAAAGCGACCUAUCAGGUCUGUUGUAUUAGACGAAGGAGUCGCUGAACGAAUUGAAAAAGACGUCAAAGAGUUUAUCAACAAUCCCGGAUGGUAUAUUGACAGAGGGAUUCCUUAUCGCCGAGGAUAUCUUCUGCAUGGCCCACCUGGUUGCGGAAAAUCAUCCUACAUUUCUGCCUUGGCUGGAGAGUUGGAAAUGGCAGUUUGCGUUAUGAAUCUGAGCGAGCGAGGGCUUAGCGACGAUAGACUUGCUCAUUUGCUCGCAGUUGCUCCUGUGCAAAGUAUUUUAUUGUUGGAAGAUGUGGAUGCUGCAUUUGGCAGCAGAGAAGAGAGAGAACAGACAAAAGCUGCUUACGAAGGCUUGAAUCGUAUAACGUUCAGUGGAUUGCUGAAUUGCCUGGAUGGCGUUGCAUCUGCAGAGGCGAGGAUAUUAUUCAUGACUACCAAUUAUUUAGAAAGACUGGAUCCUGCCCUAAUUCGACCAGGGCGUGUAGAUGUAAAGGAGUAUGUUGGCUACUGCUCAGAAACCCAAGUUCAAAAAAUGUUUUUGAACUUCUAUCCUGGUGAAAAAAUGGACACUGCUUGUAAAUUUGCGCAGGAAGUUGCAGCUAAAUGUAAGCCGGUUAGCCCAGCGAUGCUUCAAGGCUAUUUUAUGUUUUACAAGAAUAGUCCUAUUGAUGUUAUAGCCAAUAUUGAAAAAAUUUGGACUAUGGUGUAACAGAAAAUAGAAAUAAAAUAAUACAAGUAGA